AUGACUGAACAACUUAAAAAUCAAACUUAAAUCACAUUGAUGACUGAAAGAUAUAAUGAAUAAUACGAAAAUAACAAAGAAACAGAAAUAAAAAUGCAAAAAGGAAUAAAAAAAGAUUUGACCGAUUGUGUCACAAAAGUAGUUGGAGAAGUGGCAAUGAAAGUUUGCUUUGCUUUAACAGUUGCUUUCUGUAUCGGGUGUUGAGAACUCAUCUAUAAAACUUUCUUUUCUUGACUUUUAUAUUUUUGUGUAUAGCAUUUUAAACCUUAACAAAAACAA